AUGAGUAGAGUUGUAAGUGAAGCUACUGGUAAUAUGGACUUGAGAGUUGGAAGAAAAUACCGUAUUGGUCGUAAAAUCGGUUCAGGUUCUUUUGGUGAUAUCUAUUUAGGUACAAAUAUCAUUAGUGGUGAACUGGUUGCUAUCAAAUUGGAAAGUGUAUCUGCUAGACAUCCACAAUUAGAAUAUGAAGCUAGAGUUUAUAAAGCUUUAAGUGGUGGUGUUGGUAUCCCCUUUGUUAGAUGGUAUGGUACAGAAUGUGAUUAUCAUGCAAUGGUUAUUGAUUUGCUAGGUCCUUCCUUAGAAGAUCUUUUCAACUAUUGUAACAGAAAAUUCAGUUACAAGACUGUUUUACUUUUGGCUGAUCAAUUACUUUGUCGUAUUGAAUAUAUUCACGCAAGAUGCUUCAUUCAUAGAGAUAUUAAACCAGAUAAUUUCUUGAUGGGUAUUGGUAAAAGAGGAUCACAAGUUAAUGUUAUUGAUUUUGGUUUAGCCAAAAAAUUUAGAGACCCUAGAACUCAUUUACAUAUACCAUACAGAGAAAAUAAGAAUUUGACAGGUACAGCUAGAUAUGCCAGUAUAAACACACAUCUUGGUAUCGAACAAUCAAGAAGAGAUGAUUUAGAAAGUUUGGGUUAUGUUUUGAUUUAUUUCUGCAGAGGUUCUUUACCAUGGCAAGGUUUGAAAGCUGGCACUAAAAGACAAAAAUAUGAUCGUAUUAUGGAGAAAAAAAUGUCAACACCAGCUGAAAUUUUAGGUAGAGGUUUACCAGUGGAAUUUGUUCAUUAUUUGAAUUAUACAAGGUCCUUGAGAUUUGAAGAUAAACCAGAUUAUACAUAUUUGAGAAGAUUAUUCAGGGAUUUAUUUUUAAGAGAAGGUUACAAGUAUGAUUAUAUAUUUGAUUGGGCCGUCCAAAAACAAAAACAACAAGCCCAAAAAGUUGGUGGUGAAAACGAGAAAGAAGGCAAUGGUGAUCAAAAUAUACUACAAGAACACCAUCAAGAACUAGCCCAACAACAGCAACAACAACAGCAGCAACAACAACAACAGCAACAGCAACAACAUACGACUCCAAUUGAACAUGAAGCUCAAUUACAACCACAAGCAACUGCUGCCAGUCAACAAUUACAACAACCUCAAGCUGGAGCACAACAACUUGGUACACAAGGUCAAUCUUACAGAACUAACCCUAGGGCAAACGCUACCAGAAUAAAUAACUGGACUGCUGAUGUUACGAUACCUCAAGUGAAUAGAAACCAACCACAACAACCACAACAGCAGCAAGGUGCUGUGCCACAAGCAAAGGCUCAAGCUCAACGUUUUGGAAUAAAACCAAAUGAUGAUUCACCACAAAAUGCUACAGUUGGAGCAGGUAAUCCACAUUGGUUGUGA